GCUUCCUCCUGUCAAUUGUCAAAGCAUUGGAAAGCGAGAGGAUAAAAAUAAAUUCACAAAUAGUCUUUUAAUCACAAAUCAAACUGCAUAUAUUUAAGACUUUUGAAGGAUGGCUAUCCUGGGGGCCCAGCUGGUGUUCAGCCUGAUUGUAUUCAGCUUCCUACAGAAACUUUCCUGUUUCUACUCCUUUGGCCGCUGGCUCCUUGCAGGUCGCCUUCUUCGAUACCUUCACCCGUCCGAUGAAGAACUCCGCAAGACUGCAGGAUUGCCAGCCCCAGGAGCUGGGAAAGGGAAAGGACGACGCAAUGAUGCAAAGAAAGGAUCAGUCAGCAGAGACAGUGAGGAGACUUUUACCAUUCCUCGCAGUACCCCCAUAGAAUUGGAUACGGCGAAGGUUGAAGCCAUUGAUCUCAUACAUUUACACUACUAUGGCGAUUACUUGUGGAUAGUGGAUUUUGCCAUCAGCGCUGUGGUGGUGUAUAUUUUGACUGAAAUUUACUAUGUGUAUGCUAAUGUGAACGAAACGAAUAUCAGUAUUCUGUGGUGCUUGUUGGCCAUUGGCUUUUGUGUACGGGUUCUGAUAGGCAUGACUGCAGCUUAUUUCAAGGCCGAGGAUGGCGGAGAAAGGAUCCUUAUUGUGACAUUUGGGUUUUUCUGCCUUGUGCUGUGUAUGGGUAUACUGGUCGUAGAUGACACAGUUUUGGAGUUUGGACUGGAACAAGGUUACAGAAAUUUCUCAGAGGCUGCAACAGACUUAUUGAAGGGACAAGGUAUUGAAUCAGCCGGGCCCGUACACUUCCUGACUUUUAAGAUUAUACUGGCAUUUUUGUGUUCAAUUAUUGGAGCGCUAUUGACUUUUCCUGGCCUCAGGGUCGCAAAGCUUUACCUUGAUGCCUUGAAAUAUAGCAAAGAAAAUCCUUUCAAACAGGUUCUUCUUCAUAUAAACUUCGCUCUUCCGUACAUCGUUCUACUUUUAUGGGUGCGACCCCUCAGCAGAGAUAUUCUCUGUGGACUUAACUGGAGAGUUACUACUAGAGUAAUGACUGAGUCAGUAUUUGACAAUUUCAGAAUAUUCAUGUUCGUAAUUCUAUGCAUAAUCAGAAUACUUCUCUUGCCUAUUCAUGUGCAGUCCCACUUAAAUAUGGCCUAUGACAAAGUUCAGAGCAUACGCAAAGAGAGUGGCAGGAUUAGUAAUGUAGACCUUAAGAAAAUGAUUGCUCGAGUGUUUUACUUCAUAAUAGUUGUGACUGUGCAAUAUCUCACACCUGUCAUUAUCCUACUAUUCAUGGCAUUCAUGUACAAGACUCUAGGACAGUUCUCCUGGUCAGGAACGUUAGGAGAAACCGCAGAAACCUUUGUGAUGUCAUUCAAAAGAACAACUGUCCCGCUCAACACAACAGCAUCUCAGACUCAGUCAAACGCCACGCAGACAAUUGUGGACAGGAUGGGGGAGAUUUCACACACGAUUGGACAUCUGCGUGCAGUGUUUACGCCUGUGUUCUACCGAGGCCUGCUCUCAUUCCUCACCUGGUGGACGUGCGCCGCCUGGACCCUCGCCAUGACCUUCGGCCUCUACUACCACUCUAGAGUUGAAAGCUGAUCCUGCACUUUGUGUGUUAGAGUCGAGUGCUAAAAGUUUGAGGGGUUGUUAAUAUUUGUGAUUUAUGGAGCAGUUUGAACACAAAUUUUAUACUUAGCCAGGACUUUUUCAGCAAAAAAUGCAAAUAGGUCUGGCCAUUUCAUUUUAGGAAAUUUGAAUGUGUUAAUGCUUCAGAUUGAGAAAAUUUUAAGCUUAUUUAUUAAAAUUGAUUUAAGAUUGACAAACACUUAGAAACAAACACACAUGUUAUAACAAAUAGUACAAAUUUGUAUGAUUAUUCCAUGAUUUCUUUGAUUUUUUUUAAAUCGGAAAACCUAUACUUUUUUCACUUGGGAAGUAAUCGUAUUUCAGCCACUGCUAAAUCUUAAGUUCAUAAAGCCCUUCUAACUUAUUAUUUACUGCAUGGCAUUUAAAAACAUUGCAAAAUUGACUAAAAUAAACAAAUUCUCAAAAUAACUCACAAAAUUAAAACAUUGUCUUGAAGCUACAAUAUUUGGUUAGUUUAGAGCUUACUGGUAACUCUUGUCAACUCUUGUCAAAUUUGCAGGAUUUCAAAUCAGGAAUCUCAUACAAGUUCUUUGUACUUGGAUUAUAUUUUGUCAGAACUGUAAUUUUGUUUAUUUCAUAUGUUUAUUAAAGAUAGAUUAUUGAAUUUAAUACAAUAAAACUAUUUGUUUGUAUAAAUGUACAAUUGUCUUGUAAUAAUAACCAAAUUCUCAACAGUACACAAUGAGAGUGAGUGCUGCACUUGGCUGGAGAUCUCGGCAGCCUUGCAUUGUGUUUGAAACCACAUAUUUGUACAUCUAGUCGAAUUUAUGUUUUUACAUGAUGGGUGUAAGACUGUGUGUUAAUGGUUUCCCGAUCCCCGCAACACCAAUUGCACAUUUGGUGACAAUUUCCUCUUAAGGCAGGCAUUAACAAUUCCAUCAGGUACAUAAUGAUUACUGCAGCUAUUUGUGAAUGUUGUUUUUACUCAUAUAUAUUCUUUGUACAACUAUGUUUACAUACAGUAUACAUUAAUAUGAUAAUAAGAACUAGUUUGACAUGAUUCUGGAUUUCAAACACGGUCAACUCAGUUACUAUUUUUUUGUUAGAUGGAUUUCAACAGGCAAACUCCUUUUAUAUAUCAGUAGUAUUACAGUGGUGCUUAAUGAAUCUUUAACCGUCCGAUGGUCAGUGAGGAUGACCGAGUGGUUGGGGUCAAACGUCCCAUUUCGAACAGAGUGUCCCAGGCUCCUUCUGAGCUUAGUGUCAGUGAUAAUUUGUUUAAUUACGCAGGAAUGAUCAAUGAUUGCUGAUUUUAAAACUGUAAUUUUAUAUUUGUCGUCAUAGAAAGCUCUUAAUAGCGGAAUAUUAUAGUGCUUAUAUACAUUUCAGUGCUCCAGCUAGCCCGUUUUUCAAUGGCGCAGUGCCCGUGCCCCUUUUCUUACCGCCCUGCCCCCUUUUUGAGUAGUGCCCUUUUCACAAAUGCUCUAUUAGCGCCAAAUAUCCCGUUAGUGCCCUUUUUACUAUUGAAAUCAUUAUAAAAGAUUGACAGCCCUUAAUCCGCUGUCAUAAUUGAGACAAAUUACGUAAUAUUUAUGAUAAUAGUGUUCCCGCUAGGUGUCACCAUGCCCCCAUUGAUUGCUUAAAAUAUGCCGUACUGCCCUUUCAUCUUCCCAUGCGCCUUGACCAAGUCAUAUGACAGCUAAUUGGGUAUUUGUGUAGUGAGCAGACGAACUUUGUAUCCAUAAUCGGUCAUCUACUAAUCCGAUAAUUAGGAAGAGCCAAAUAGGGAAACAUCGGCAGGAGUUGUCAAGCACAAUUAAAUCUUUUAAAAUAAUUGUUUAUUGUAUUGUACUGAUGAGACUGGCCAUUUUAAACAUGUUGAUUUGAAGCAGACGGUCACUGCCGAUAUGUAAACAUAAGAAAGGUGGCGCUAACACAAUCAAAUACAUCACUUUUUCAGUAAAAAUUUUGAAAGUUUAUUUGUUAAAUAUAUUCAUGAUGAAAAUGUAUUUGUCACCCAUAAAAAUAUGUUGAUUCCUUAUGUGGCGUUUACCUAUCAUGUCUACGAUCAUGUCAAAAUUCGCCGAAACCGCCAUUUUGUCAGAACGAUUUUCCGAGUUAUUUUAUCAAUGUUCUAUGUUUUAUAAGUUAUUUUUUUUAAGCAAGGGCAGUGAUUUUUACUGUCAUUUUAUUCUAACACAUCAGCAUAUUAAACAUAAUUUUACCAAAGACAUUUAAAUAACAGCCAGGCUGAAUGUAACAUUCGUACCCAAUCCCUAUCGUACCAAACUAAGAUUCUUCCCCUACAUUUUUUGUGCAUUUAUUUAUUUGAUUGCUUCAAAUGUUUAACUGUCUUUGUUUUCUUCUUCAUUUUACAUGAUAUUUAGGAAAAAUAUGUGACAUCGCACUAAAGAAGACUUCAGAAAAGUACAAUCAUACUAACACAGACAAAAAGACAAAUUUUAAUUUUGAUAUUCAAACACACCCUUCUAAAUUUUGAGAGAAAAACAAUCCAUUUUGUUGAGUCUGAAAAUCAUGUAAAAUUAUUUAAAUUGAGUAUGAAAACAAAACAAAUUAUAUGGGGAGACCUCCAAAACCCCCCUUGUGACAGGGGUGGACCCCUCUCACAACCACCCCCGAUCGCCCCUGUACGACUCACAUAGCUUGCCCUUUUCAAAACUCCACCCUGCCCUUUUCAAAUCCUGGCUGGAGCACUGUCAUUUUACCUGUUAAUCAACGCAACAUUAAGAAAAAAUUUAUUAGUCUUGUUAGUCAUAGUUUAGAGGUGCAAUUAUCUUUGUCUGUUAUAUAUGAAAUUUCCAUUCUUUUAGAUAUGAGUUGUCAUUCUUUUUAACACGUGACAUAAGUCGCAAAAAUAGUUUGUUUUUUGUUUUUCGAAAAAUCAAUGUCAACUUUUAUUACACUAGUGUAAUUAUGUAAGAAAAUGUGUAUGGUUGUAUUACACUCAAAACAAGUAACAUUAUGUGAUUCAUAUGGAUAUAUCUCAGAUUUACAUAAAGUGUAUAACAUUUAAAGGUACUCUCAUGUUUUGGUAAAAUGCACUUUUUUGGUAUGACAAAAUAAACUAUGGCAAAUCAUUCGGGGUGUUAAUACUAAGGUACCAAAAGCUGGAACCCUUUAGCAAAUGUUGCUAUUUUCUAAAAUAUCAUCUUUGAAGACCACAAUUUUCAUGAGCGUUAACAACGCUAAUAAUCACUUAAUUACAGCUCUCUUGUUGCGCGAUUGGUUGAUUGACAUUGUCACGUGAUGUUAUCAAUGUAUUGUUGUAUUUUACCAGUGUGGGAUUGCACUCCACCAAAACUAAAAUACUUUUUUGUACUUUUAAUUGUAUUUUUUUCUGCAUUUUGAUAUCAUAGAGUAAAAUAAUGAUAAAAUAAGUGUUUUCAGAUGUAUUACUGGGAAAACUAAUUGUUCGUCCCAAAACAUGAGCAAGUACCUUUAAUUUGUGUUCAUACAUUGUACCAUAAAGAUGUUUAAUAACAUAAUUGUGUCCCUUUUUUGCAUGAAAUGUUUGUUCAUUUUCAAUUUUUUCAUUGUCCGUUUUAUACCAGAUGAACCAUCGUUCCUAUGCAUGCAGUUAUAACAUUCAUGUGUAUUUGUAUUGCCCUGAUUUGAUUGAACUGUUUAUAAUUAUUGUAUACAAAAUAUUCGGAAAGUUGUGUUUGUAAAAAUGAAGUGAAAAUAAAG